UUCCCAUUCAUUUUUCAAUCGGAAAACUACUUGUUUGACUGCUCAACCCACAAAAACCACCCAUCCAUUCUGUCCCAAUCCCAUCCCUUUAUAUAUAUGUACAUAUAUCCCUAGUUGAAUUACCCUCAAAAAACACCGGGUGUGGUUGCAGGAUUUCGAACGAGCAUUCCAGUCAGUCACUAGUUUAGUUCUGAGGGGCCCGGGGGGUCAUAAAUGGAGGGAGAGCACCGCAGCCACCAGCAGCAGCCGUCGCCGGCGAAGUCCAGGUUCAAUAGGGUCUGUGUUUUCUGCGGCAGCAGCCCCGGGAAGAAGCCAACCUACCAGCUGGCCGCCAUCCAGCUAGGGAAAGAACUGGUUGAGAGGAACAUAGACUUGGUGUAUGGAGGAGGGAGCAUUGGUUUGAUGGGUCUAAUCUCUCAAGCUGUCUAUGAUGGUGGCCGCCACGUGUUAGGGGUGAUUCCCAAAACUCUCAUGCCAAGAGAGAUCACCGGAGAGACCGUCGGAGAAGUGAGGCCGGUGGCCGGCAUGCACCAAAGGAAGGCCGAAAUGGCCCGGCAAGCUGAUGCAUUCAUAGCCUUGCCAGGAGGAUAUGGAACAUUGGAGGAGCUCUUGGAAGUCAUAACAUGGGCUCAAUUGGGGAUCCAUGAUAAGCCGGUGGGACUACUGAAUGUUGAUGGGUACUACAACUCACUCUUGUCCUUCAUAGACAAGGCCGUUGAUGAAGGCUUCAUUGCCCCCUCUGCCCGCCACAUCAUCGUCUCUGCCCAAACCGCCCACGAACUCAUGUCCAAGCUCGAGGAGUACGUUCCGAAGCACGCUGGGGUAGCAUCGAAGCUGAGCUGGGAGAUGGAGCAGCAACUGGGUUACAUCUCAAAGUCAGACAUUGCCCGUUGACUUAAUCCUGACCGUAGAUUUUUGGUCAUCUAAUCAACUGUCUAGCGACCGCACAGUUGUGUGAUCCACUGGAUGGUUUCACUAAAGUUUUUUAGUUUAACUGGUUAUUCCCCCCCCUCUCUUUUUUCCUGAUUUAAUUUGUGCAGUAGAAGCUGACGUGGAACAGGGCCAAGUGAUUGGCUUCCUGGUUAAUCACAGUGGUGAUUACUGUUCAUAUAUAUAUAUUUAUUAUUUUUAUGUAA